AUGAUUGGAAAUGACCAUGCAGAGGUGGAGGAAACCCUAAAGAGGAUCCAGAGCCACAAAGGGGUUAUAGGAACAAUGGUUGUAAAUGCAGAAGGCAUCCCCAUCCGAACAACCUUGGACAACUCAACAACAGUUCAGUAUGCAGGUCUCCUUCAUCAGCUGACCAUGAAAGCCAAGAGCACCGUCCGUGACAUCGACCCUCAGAACGACCUAACUUUUCUUAGGAUCAGAUCCAAGAAACAUGAAAUCAUGGUAGCUCCAGAUAAGGAAUAUCUUCUGAUUGUCAUUCAGAAUCCAUGUGAAUAG